UGCAGCUUCUUCAGUAUAAAUAGGGCCUCAUAUAUGCAGUGAGUUGAGUUCAUAUCAAAGCUUCAGCCUCUCAUUCCAUACAACUAAACAAGUUCCUGGAGAGUUUGCAAGAGACCUAAAAAGAUCAGGAUCAUGUCGUGCGGUGGAAGUUGCAGCUGCGGUUCAUGUGGAUGCGGCGGUGGCUGCGGAAAGAUGUACCCUGAUCUGGUUGAGAAGACCACCACAACCACAGCAGCCACCACUGUCCUCGGUGUUGCGCCUGAGAAGGGGCACUUUGAGGGAGCUGGCAAGGCAGCUGAGUCUGGUGAGACUGCCCAUGGCUGCAGCUGUGGCUCCAGCUGCAAGUGCAGCCCCUGCAACUGCUAAGGCCAUGGCGAUCUGUCACUGCACUACUACCCAUGCACCAGCCUGCCUAGCUAUGUAUGUGUGAAUUGUGAUGAACAAAUAAAGAGCCUGUCCAGUGUGCAUGUGUGAUGAUGGCUCAUGCUGUGACUCUGAAUCCAGCAGUGUGUUUGUGUGUGUGUGAAUGUGACAACCAUGUGUGAAUCAAUUGUUGAAAUUGUGGUUGGAAAUCCAUGUGGGUUUCUGACUGUAUGUGAAAUAUAAAGAUGGUUUGUCUGUAAAUUUUCCUUCUUA